AUGCUCGCCUCCCCUCUCUACCCAUCGACCGGCCCAUUUUCUACCGCACACGGACCCACUAACAGCAAAGACGUGGAGUCUUUUAACAAGCUUUUGCCGCCUCCCGUAGAAUUCAUAGAGGGCUCGUCCUCUGGCACUCUCGCCAUCCCAGAAGAACAGUACGAGCCCAUAAAUGUCACCCCAAAGUCCGCGAAGCCUGAGCGGUCUCGCGCGACAUCUCCACCCCCCAAGUCAUCCAAAGCUGCCACCGCCUCUCGUCCCACCGCGUCAUCCGCCUCGUUAUAUCCCGACGCGAUCGACACGACAUGGCCGACCGACAAGAACGCCAGCGGCUUGUAUAACAGUGGCAACACUUGCUUUCUCAACAGCGCAUUGCAGUGUCUGCUCCAUACCCCACCACUUCUUCGAGUCCUGAACAGCCAUACGGGGACUACAUGUAGCGUCAAGCAGGGUUUCUGCAUGUCGUGCAAUCUGCGCGAGGUGGCUUUGAAGUCGUACAGCAGCCGUGUUGCGUUUCUCCCCAGCGAGAUCUCCAACAAACUCCAACAUAUUGCGAAGCAUAUGAGGAAAGGCCGCCAAGAAGACUCUCAUGAGUUCCUUCGCUAUGCAAUCGACGCUAUGCAGAAGUCUUGUUUGGCUGGUCAUCCCCCGAAAAUUGAUCCCAAGUUGGCAGAGACGACAUGGGUCCACAAAAUAUUCGGUGGUCGGUUACGAUCGCGUGUUCAUUGUCAGGACUGUGGUCACAAUAGCGACACCUUCGACAGCAUUCUGGACCUUAGUCUUGAUAUCCACAAUCUUCAAGGUGUGCGUGGAGCUCUGCACAAAUUUACCGAGGUCGAUACCUUGAAUGGUGCUGACAAGUACAAGUGCGAAAAGUGCAAGAAACCUGUCGUUGCCACGAAAGGCUUUUCUGUGCAUGAAGCCCCGAUGGUUCUCACUGUCCACCUAAAGCGUUUCACUCCUAUGGGUCGGAAACUGAGCAACGUGGUCAAAUACGAAGAGCAACUCUCACUUAAACCGUAUAUGAGCGAAGGUCAAUAUGGGCCGACGUAUUCAUUGUAUGGUGUCAUUUGCCACGCAGGCAGUGGUCCGAACUCAGGCCAUUAUUACGCGCACGUCAAGGCACCGUCUGGGAGGUGGAUGGAGAUGAACGAUGAGACGGUGACUUCCGAUCCACGUGCGCCGCUCGACCUCAAAAAUGCCUACAUUCUGUUCUAUCUGCGAGACAAGGGCCAAGCUCUUGAUGCUGCUCUCAACUUUGUACCUCGGCCCAAGGGACCUAGCCUUAUUUCUGGAAUGAAGAAACGUCAGCGUGAAGAUGACGAGAAGGAGGACGCUGGCGUAAAGGUCACGAAGCCUUUCAUCGGACCACGACUUCCGCCCCCCCUGACGAACGAGGGAGAUCCGCAGGCUGACCUUAUUCGCAAGAAGAUCGAUCAAGUCGCUGCUGUCCAAUCUAGUCAGGCCUUGAACGGGCUGGCAGACUAUAAGUCAGACAGCGAGGAAGAAGCACCUUCACCACCAACACCGCCACCGGUUUCUUCUCUCCCACCAUCUUCUCCACCUCCACCAACAUCCUCUGCCGCUGACCCGUCAUCAUCAUCCCCUGCUCCUCGGGCUGGCGUGUCUACAACGAGUUUUUACGCUCCGAAACGCAAACAUUCUGAUUCGUUUGGUAAAGACCGCGACCAGCUGCCGAAGCGCUCGCCCCUUGGUCAAAGUCUCAAUCCAUAUGGCAAUAACCGCCUCACAAAGGGGCCGAUGAGGCGGAGACCGCGAGGGAUAUAA